UUCGCGCGCGUGGGUCACACGGCUCUGCUGCUCUUACGGUUGGCAGGUCCUGGUAGGAGGAAGAGGAGGAAAGAUGUCCGGUAUCACGCUGCUGUCGGGGCUCUGGAGUUUGUGUUUGUUGUGGGCAACCGGCGGCUCGUCGUGGAGCGGGGCGAUGAUCAUGAGAGACACCGUGGAGCGGGGCCCGGUCAGUCUGAACGACAUGUUCCGAGAGGUGGAGGAGCUGAUGGAGGACACACAGCACAUAUUGGACGAGGCAGUGGACCAGAUAACAACUGAGAGUGCAAAAUUUUCUUCAACCUUGUUGGAUCUGCAUCCCAGCUACCAUAACGAGACCAUGGAGACGAUAAAGACCAGAGACAGAGUCACUCAGGUCGUAGACAGAACUGACAAGGAAACUAACAACAGAACAGGAGAAACUCAUCUCUCACACAUCCAUAUGGAGGUUUUGGGCCAGUGGAACAAUGUGAAUCAUGAGUGCAUUGUGGACGAGGACUGUGGAGACCUGAAGUAUUGCCUGUAUGAGAUUGAGAACUCCAAGUGCUUCCCCUGCAUAGCGACGGAUAUGCCCUGCACAAAGGAUGAGGAGUGUUGCUCAGAUCAGAUGUGUGUUUGGGGCCAGUGCACAGUCAACGUCACCAGAGGAACAGAGGGGACUAUCUGCCAGGGUCAGAGCGACUGCAGACCAGACCUCUGCUGUGCCUUUCAACGUGAGCUUUUGUUUCCAGUCUGUAACCGCAAACCAGAGAAGGGAGAGUCCUGCCUGAGCCUCCCCAACCUACUGACGGACAUGCUGGCCUGGGACCAGGAGGGCCCCCGCGAUCACUGCCCGUGUGCCAACAACCUUCAGUGCCAACCUCACGGCCGAGGAUCUGUGUGUGGAGAGUAGGACUGGAGGUCAAGAGCACGAGGAAGUGGUCUCAGACUGAUCCUUACUGAUGACCUUGUGGAUCGCUCAAAGAACAAUCCACGCGUUGAUGGACAGCUUAUUAAAAUACAGGAGACACUCACUGAGACUGCUUAGACUCACUGUAUUAUUUAUGCCUUUACUAUGAGUUUGUAAUAUUUAACAUAAAGGGAAAAAAACUUGUUUUUUAAUUUGGACUGAGAAGCAAAGAUGAUCUAUUUUUAUAAAAGUUGAGUCAGGGUUGGCAUUAUUUCAAAUGUUCCAAGCAACUUCAAAACAAUGAACACUAGAGGGCAAAAUUUUCUCUGUUUUUAAGGAAGUAAAUACAACCACACAUGAACAAAAUAUUCAGGAUAAGGCUGAUACCCACAUGAUCCUGCGUGGACUGAUAAAGAUCUCUGGCAUGCAAAAAGCACAACUGCAGGAAACAAAAGGGUCUUUGAUUAGGAUUUGUUUCCUGUAUUUUUCCUCAGAGUCGUCAAUUUAAAGUUUAUAUUUCAUCUAUGAAUAUCAUAAGGGUAUCACUGGGGAACAAAAUUUAAGAUUUUCUUGAAUUAUUCACAUAAGACUUUUUGCAUUGAAUACGGUCAUAUCAUGUUUUACAGGAAACAUUUAGUUUAGGAACAGGGUUUGAAUUUAUUUAUAUGUAGCCAGAAACAGGAAGUAUUAUGAUGCAUUACAAUGGACAUAAACACAAUGUACUGCAAGAACUUGACAGAAGAAGACCAUCGCUGCUUUUGUCUGUUAAGACUUAAGGGGCAGAAAAUAACUGGCUCCUGAACUUGCUUGGACUUUGCAACAUUUCAAAAGAGGCUAAAGAGGAGGCUCAUGAUGUUUCAGUUUCCUACUAAAAAAAAAAGGGUCAAAUCACUUGUACUUGUUGGCAUAUAAAUCAUCUUAAAAGUCUGAGUAAACAAACAGUUUGAACUGGUAUAAUAUGAACAGACAAAGAAAAAACUAGUAUGAUUUGUAAAAUGAUUAUUUUAUUACCAAGCAAUGGGAAUAAAAUUCCUCUUUAAUGCUUUCAUGA